UUUCUGAUCUUUUAUUGUCUUGUGAUAAAGCUAUUUGAGAGCCUAAUCUACUACUUCUUGAUAGAUACUGAGUUUAUUCCCAUACCCAGUGUGGUUUGAUUCUGCAGAGAAUCAGUUCCUCCUGACCAACCCCGCCGAUUGCCUGAUUGGCAUCAAUAAUAACUGUCCAUAUCUAGACCAUUGCCCCUCUUUUCUCAGCUGUGAACCGGGGAGAAUCGCUGCCAUUGUCUUCUCUAUCUAAACCACAUUCUCAACUGAUACUCCGGCUACGUAAAAUUGGCUAACCGACUGACACCGGAUCGACGUCAUCAAUACAUUCUCCCUCAGAUUAUCUUACAUCUACCGGCCUCGUCCCCUAGCAUACCCCGUUGAUAAAGCACUACACUCUGUUACAGACACCAUGUCCAUACCCGAGCUCGAACAACCGCGCCGGCUGUCGCAGGCCGAGAGCCAGACCAUCCUGAGAGCCGAGAUCCCGCUCAAGGAACGGUUUUUCCGCUACUUCCAGCAUGAGAUCACUGCACUCCAGGAGCAGAUGGAACGUCUGGCGGAUACAUCGCUGGUAGGCGGAGAGCGGACUGAUGCUACAGACCACUGUCUAGCUGGAAUUGCACGAUUGUCCAACGAGGUCAAGGAUGCGGCGAGUUAUAUUCCAACCUAUGAUCAGCGGAUAUAUGCAGAGGCUAUUAAAGCACUCCAAGACAAGCUAGCAGAGACUCGUGCCGUCGUUGAGCCGCGCUCGAAAUUUAGCUUCAAGACGAAGAGAGCUCCUGCUGCUAUCUCUCUCUCUGACGCAGCUGAUAUGGCUUUCCAGGGCUGUCGUGGUAUCCCCGGGUAUCGCUCACCUGGAACGUCCUCAGUUGGCUCAUCUGCAAAUAACACUCCUCUCUAUCCCUCGACACCGUUGAACGAGCCGGACAAUAUCUUGCAACAGCAUAGACCCGAGGUUGUGCCAACUUCUGUUCCAUCCAUUUCUGUCGGUUAUACCGAAGAGAAACCCAAGGAAAAAGAACAGAAGGGUUUUGCGGCGAAUAUCUUGUCCUCUGUAUCGGUGGAUAACCACCGUGACCUUCAUAUCAUGCUCCCGGCUUCUGGAUCUGCUUCUGCUGUUCCUGCUUCUAUAACCUCGUUGCGCCACUGCGUCGUCGACAUGUCCAUUCCCACCGCCAACGGCAAGCCGUAUGCUAGCUUGACCGUGAAUAAUGUCAAGGAGAGCUUAUUAGUCUGCGGGCAGAUCAACGGUCCUGCGCAUAUCACUGGGGUUAAGCAUAGCGUCAUUGUGGUGUCUUGCCGCCAGUUCCGCAUGCACGACUGCCGUGAUGUAGAUGUCUAUUUGAGCUCAACAAGUAAUCCCAUCAUUGAAGGAUGCUCUAAUGUCCGUUUCGGGCGCACGCCUAGGGCAUAUGCCCUCGACCACGACCGCCCAGACUACGAAGACCGCUGGAGCCAAGUUGAAGACUUUGAAUGGAUCAAACCUGAAGCCAGUCCCAACUGGAGUCUCUUGGGUCCUGAAGAUGCUGUUCCAGAGAGUGUUUGGGCUGAAAUUGUCCCCGGUGGUCCUGGAUGGUCGCUGGAUGACAUCUUGCGGGCUAUUAAGCUCAUACAGUGAGAGUCUUGAGGAAAAGCAAGAGGGAAAAUGCCAUGUGAUUUCGUUUUAUUCUAAUUGAUAUAUUACGGGUAAUUUUUUAUUCUAAUCUUGAUGGGCGUUUUUGUUGGUGUUCAUUGGGGUUACUGGAAAUAUAUAUAACCGACAGUGAUGACUUCUAUCAGUACUACAGAAUGACCAAUGUCCGCUCCAUUUUUCAUUUAUGAAAUAUGUUUCCUAUCAAAUAUCAAAAACUGCUGAAGCUCAAAAAGAAAUCUUGAAAACAAGGACUUGGUUAUCCAGAUUGUAAC